AUGCUGGUCGUGGCCUGGGUUGUAGUGGCGGCUACAGCCGUCACAAGGGGAAUUGACGGGGGAGACUCCUUAGGCGGGGAUGGCUAUGGCGGCGGAAGGGCGGAAGGCGGGCGAAGGUUAUUAGCAGUCAACGGGGAGGAGAUUAAAGAGCGUGCUAAAGAGUUCCAUUCCCACAUUCCUUCCCCCGUUCCCUCCCUCUCCCCCCGCCUUCCCUCUGCCUUUUGCGCACUCGUCCCCGUCCCCCAGUCAUGGGCGCAGAUUUACGGGCUAGACUACGCCUCGUCGCUGCUUCCCCCGCCCUCCCCACUCCCCUUUCCGCCCGCCGUUCCCCCCGCGCCCCACCUGGAGGACUGCUCCGCGCGCACUGCCUGGCGCCGCGCCUCAGAGGCGCGCGGACCAGGGGGGGAGCCGCCCUUAUGGGCGCGGGGCCAGGGGGAAGGGGGAAGAAGCGUGGAACCGGUGCGUGGGGGUGCGGUGGGGGGGGCGGAAGGGGGAGGGGAGGGGUGCGGGGAGGGGCCUCUCCCGCCCUGGGUGAGGGGUGCUGACGUGGACAACCUUCCACUGACACGUGUCGCGCAGAGAGACAUUUGGGAGAGCCAGCGAAUAGGAGCGUCCUGUGAGGGGCGGCGCCUGCUACUGGCUCGCUGGUGGCCGGCUGAACGCCACGACUUGGGGUCUCAGGUGCAUCUGGCGGGGGCGUAUCUGAGCAUAGCUAUGGCUCACAAUCGCACCUUGGUGCCCUGGCCUGGACAAUUCGACCACGCCCUCCUCCCCGCCUGCCAAGUGGCUAAGAUAUUCCUCUCUCUCCCCCAAUAUUUCUCUCCCUCCCCCCUUCCCCUUUUCCCCCGUACCUCCCUCCUUUCCUCCCUCCUUCCCCUCCCUCUCUCCCUCCCUCCCUCUAUCCCUCUCUCCCUCCCUCCCUCCUUCCCUCCCUCCCUCUAUCCCUCUCCCCGUCCCUUCUCCCCAGACCUAGGCCAGCGGGGGUCAUGGGAGUGUUAUUUCUUCCCCGUCGCCUCGUCUGAUUGCACGCAACGAGCGCAGCAGGCCCUGGCAGCGGGUGCCGUGCCGCCCUGCGCCUCUCAGGGCCUCACAGCAGCAGCAGCGUCAGAUGCGCCCAUUGUGUGUGUGGAGCUGCAAGAGCUGGGAGAGCUGUUCAUGGAGCAAGGCAGCGAGGCAGGCAGACCCACUGGUGGCGAGCGCAGGCCACACGCUUCAUGCUGCGCUGGCCCUCCGCCCACCUCCCUCCCCCUCCGUCGCUCCUGUUUCCCCCCUCUCUCCCUUCCCUCAUUUCCCCAUCCCACCCACCUCUCAUCCAAUCAGACCCACUGGUGGCGUGCGCAGGCCACACGCUUCAUGCUGCGCUGGCCCUCCGCGCAUCUCUGCCACGUCAUCAACCAGCAGCGCCACGCUGCGUUCGGCAUGCUCGUGGCCAAUCAGCUCGCAGCGUUCAUCCCAACCCAAACCGCCUUCCUGCGUGGCCUCUCAGCCAGCAACGCCAUCACAGAGAGUCAAUACAUGCUGCUCUCCAGCAUGGACGAUUAUUCCUCCUCCCUCCCUCCCCCCACCUUCCCAAUCCCCUUCUCAGAUGCUUCUUCUUUUUCCUCCUCCUCCUCCUCUUCCUCUGCUUCAGCCCCCUCACCAUCUGUCUCCCCAACAGCACAACCACCACUGCCCACACCAGAGACAGCACCUGAGGUACCAGCAGCAGCAGCAGCAGCGGAGGUGCCACAGGGCGAGUCAUCACCCCCUCCCGUGCGCUCGCUGCACGGCUGCGUGUGGCCCCAGCGCGGCUUCCCCGCGCCCCCUUGCUCCGCUGCUAGCUGUGCCCCUGCUGCCGGCUGCAACACUGGUGAAAGCAGCAGCAGCAGAGAGGAAAGCAGGGAGGUGGGAGCGGAGGAAGCAUACAGGAUGGUGGGGGGGGAGGUGCGCAUGCCAGGGGGCAUGGUGAGUGUGCAUGUGCGGCAGACAGACAAGCGCAGUGAGAUGCAACUCGCCUCCUUCCACUCCCACAUGUUCCUCUUGCACAGACUCAAGCUGUCACGGCCCGAUCUUCAACAUGUGUGGCUCAACACAGAAGCACAGUCGGUGAUUGAUGCCACGUCUCUCUAUCCCGAUUGGACCUUCUUCUACUCCACUAACACCCGUCAAAGCGACAUCUCAGCACCACAGCAAGAACAACAAGGGGAAGAGGUCCUGUGGGCAUAUGAUAUGUCCCUCGCGGCGGCGCAGGGUGAGAACGGAGUCGCAACGGAGGUGCCCAAGGGCAUCGAGGUGGCGGCGGCGGCGGGCAAUCUGGACAAGUUUGAGGGGACGACGAUCGUGAGCCCGAGCACGGACAGCAUGCUGCUGGUGGACGUGAAAGCGGCCGGAUGGAACAAAAUGAAGUGCCACAAGGACCUGGGCAAACCCGGGGACGGCGCGUGCACGCCCGCCAACUGCAGCAAGGGCGGCAUCCCGGCGAAAUGGAAGACGUCGAAUCUGCUCAAGAACAAGCUCGGCGUGGAGAUGUACGUCAAGGGUAACCCGCUGACGCUCAAGAAGGCGUCCCCGCAGACGUGCUGCAACACGUGCGCUUCGUUCAAGAGCUGCACGUACUGGCAGUACAUCCCCGAUAUAACCAUCGACGGCAAGAAGACGGAGGGCGCGUGCUACCUGGUGCACGACAACAUCGACUACUCGUGCGGCGAGCUCACCGCGCAGUACGCCACGGACUCCAAGCCCAUCGCGCUGCAGGUGCGCACGGGCGGCGAGUGCAACCCCGCCGCGAACGUCGUCAACGACCCGCAUCUGGUGGGCGCGUUCGGGACGCACUUCGACUUCAACGGGCGGCCCGACAAGGCGUUCUGCCUGCUGACGGACCGCGACCUGCACGUGAACAUGCUGCUGCGCGGGUACUACUCGGACGACACGGAGAACGCGGCGCUCGUGGUGGACGGCAAGGCCGUGCACACGUGGAUCAAGGAGCUCGGGCUCGUGUGGUUCGCGGCCGGCGCGGAUCACAAGCUGCGCCUCGCGGCGCGCGGCGGCAAGCAGCAGGAGCGCGGCGACGGGUUCAUGAAGACGAUCGAGAUCGACGGCGAGGAGAUCCCGAGGAUGGCCGUCGGCGACGAGGUGAAAACUGAGGGCGGGUUGACGCUGCGACUCGCGGCGCUGGAGAAGGAGGGGCCGUAUGACGUGGACUACUACACGCUCGCGAUCGACGGGCUCGUGUCGCUCGACCUGCGUCUGCGCGUCGCCAACCCCAAGUUGCAGACGCCCAACGACGCCGAGGCGCACAUCAACGUGGGGAUUGUCGAGCUGGAGCACACCGACGACGUGCACGGCGUGCUCGGCCAGACGUACCGCCCAGACCACGCCGCGCGCGCCGCGGAUUUCCAGCGCCUGAUCGCGAAUCUGCACCGUCCGAUCUCGUCGGACAGCGAGGAGGGCGUGGGGUUCCUGGACGGCACGCCGCGGUCGUACGAGUCGAGCUCGGUGCUCUCCGUGGACUGCGCGCACACCGAGUACCACCGCGCCAAGCAGCUCAGCCCCGUCGAAGAGUUCCCCCGCGAGCCGCUUCACUAA